AACUUUUUUUUUUGUUUUUAAAACAAGUGAAGACGUGAUACAUUAUUAUUGUAUAAUUAUGAGAUAUAUUACACAGUAAUAUAGUAAACAUUACAAUAUAAAGUGAAUGUGUGUGUGUGUGUGUGUGUGUGUUGGAACAACACUGACUGGUCAAGGUUGGCAAGGCUGUCGCGGGGCACCGAUGUUUUUUUGUGAUCGGCCGUCUUGAAGCGUACAUGAUUUUUUACUUUUUUUUUAUACGUAUUAUGUAUUAAAAAACGAACGACGCCGUUGCCGUCGUGUUUUCGUUUUCAUUGCAUUGCCGAAAUUUAUGGUUUAAAAGUUUUAUUAUUCGCGCUUUGGGUACGCCACGUCGAUCCUAUAAGGUUGUGCUGUACCUACGCCGUUGCACGUACGCUGCGUGUUUGCGUCUGUUAGCGCGUUUGUGGCGACGACGGUCGUUGAUCAUUUCCGUGCCACCAUUUGCGAUUAACGUCAACUGUGCAUACAUUAUAAUCAGUAAGGCUUCCGCCGUAACCGUGUCGGCUAUAAUUGUUGGCACCCACUUGCACUAUUAAUAUACGUGCUCGAUUGUGGGUGAUGCUGUAUGAUUACAGUAUCUUCUAUACGUCAAGAUUGGCUGUUUUUACAAUUGUGAUUGGGGACUUGACGACGUUCGGACCAUCGUCGUGGAUGUAUUAUUGCUUCGACCCGUGAUACAGGUUUUUCUUUUAUCAUAUAUCAUAACAUAAAUAUUGUUAUCAGCAUCUUCAGCUGCCUUGAAUUAAAAAUCAAUUUUAGGAUAAGAUUUUAGACCUAGGUGUUCCAAGUACCAGACAUACUAUAUUAUUAGCAAUGCAAAAUACGAAGCGAAUUCUGGAACCCAGUCGAUGUGAACCAGCUAUGUACGAGUAUAAGAAAUCGUCGUAUGCGGAGAAUUAUAAUGUGCUACAAUCCUUACGCAAAGAUGAGGUUCUUUGUGAUAUCAAACUAGGAACAGACGAUGGUGGAGUUAUAUUCGGACACAAAGUGGUUCUGGCAUCGGCUAGUCCAUAUUUCCUUGCAAUGUUCACGAAUUUUUCAGAAAAGAAUCAAGAUCAAGUUACUAUCAGGCAGUUGGACUCUAGAGUCCUACAUCUCUUAAUAGACUUUGUUUAUUCUGGGAAAAUCUCAAUCACUGAUAAAAAUGUACAGGAUUUGUUAGCAGCAUCAAAUCUUUUACAGUUACAAGAAAUCAAAAAGGCAUGUUGUGAUUUUCUAGAGGCGCAACUAUGUCCUACAAAUGUUAUUGGAACAAUUGCAUUAGCUGAUUUACAUAGCUGUACAAAAUUGUUAACAAGUUCAGAAUUAUAUUUUAAACAACACUUUUCAAACGUGGUAGAAGGAGAAGAAUUCCUGUCCUUGUCGUCCGAGCAAAUAGUUAAGUUGAUCUCCAGUGAUGAACUUACAGUUCCAUCUGAAGAAAAAAUAUUUGAAAGUGUUAUUCAAUGGAUAAAACAUGAUUUGGAUUCCAGAAAACAAAUUUUGCCCCAAUUAAUGGAACAUGUGCGUUUACCAUUAACAUCGAAAGAUUACAUAUUAAAAAAUGUAGUUGAUGAACCUCUUCUUAAUAAUUGUUUUAAAUGUAAAGAUUACGUAAUUGAAGCGUUACAUUGUCUUUUACUCAAGUCAGAUGAGCUUAUCACCAUUCCACAUAACAUCCGGACAAAACCUAGACAGUAUGGGGUACACAUAAAGUUAUUUUAGUAAUUGGUGGAUCAGGGAUCAAUUACGAAACAUUAGAUAGUACAGAAUGGUAUGACCCAAAAAUCAACAAAUGGCAGUAUGGACCAAAAAUGAUUACACCCCGUCAUGCUGGUUGUGUAGCUAUAGUAAACG